AUGGUUCCUGAUACCGAAAAUUCUAUACAUAAAGAGGCUGCAAACAUGCAACGUGAAAUCACCCGGCAGCUGGAUUAUAUCCGAAAUUUAGAGAACCCCCAGGAAGCCAUGCUGGCAGGUCGACAGCCCUACUUCUCCAUGUCCAUGGACCCCGGCCCUCCCCCACUCUCCCCGCGCCAGGUAUGCCAGGAUGAUGGGAGACGGCCGUCCGGUAUCCGCCAUCCCUUACCACCCCAUAUCACCAUCUCACCGCACCGACAAGGCUCUCUCGGCGGAAACCCAACUCCGAUCUACAGCAAGCCCCAGAUCCCGCACCAAUCCAACCUCCAUCCUCUGUCAUCAGUCUCGUCUCCUCCAGGACCCAACCUUGCCCGCCGCCACACAUCAGCAGAUAUCAGACAGCACGGUUGGCCGCCAUCAGCCGGUCCCUCACCCAACUCACAGUAUGGCCCCAACCCAUCCAUGCAAUGGCCUUCUUCACCAGGUCGAAACCACAAUUCCUCUGACCAGCACGUCCGAGAUGCAUUGGCGCGGUAUGAGCUUGGUGGACCGCGACGGCAGCAAGAACAAUCCAGACACGUUACGCCCCCUUUCCUCGACCCAUCCCAGCCGGACAAUAGCUGGGCUAUAGGAGGGCCCAAGUUCCCGCGUCCGGUAGAGUCAAUGCCUGCCACCCGUCGAUCAAGCAUGGCGAGCAACGUACAUUCACUGCUGAACCCAUCUAUCGCAGCUGAGCGGGCAGACGACCCCGAUGGGCCACUAGGAGAAGACCGGAAACGAAAAAGGCUCCAGUGA